AUGACUUUGGUGAUAGCAGUUCAAAUUCUAUGGACCCUCAUAAUAAGUUGCAAUGGAGUGAACGCAGAAAUGACCGGUCUAUUAAGCCGUCUCUACAGAAAUGCCGCUCAGAAUAACAGACCCCUAGUCCUUGUUAUUGAUAGAAGUAGCCAGCAAAACCUUAAGUAUCCUCUGGAAGCCAACGAUUUGUUACAAUCGAGCGAUGAAAAAGAAGGUGGUAUACCCGCUAUCUUCUUAAUCAAGAAUUUUCGAUCGGAGCCCCAAAAACCAAAAGUAACCGGUCAAGAAUACAAGAAUAAAUUGUAUAAAGGACAAUACCAAACCAAGAGCAACUUGCAAAAGUACAAAGGGAACAGAGGCAAGUUAAGAGUGUACGGGUCUACCCCCUCACCAGUUCUCAAAUCACUGCUUCGGUUUAAAAACGAAGUUAAUUGCGAAGCAAAUAAUGAAUGCCAGCAAGAAUGCGAAGAGAAUUAUUCCGGUGCAAAGCUCGCUAAUUGUGAGAAUAAUUGUGAUGAAGAUUUUGAAUGCGAACCCGAAGAAGAACCUGAUGAUUGUGAUCCAGAGAGUAACGAUUGUGAUGAAAAUCAGAAUCCAAGUACCAGAGGUGAACUUCUAGCUACCGCAAGACCUUCAUGCACUAGAUGUUGAACUGCAAGUAAUUAUCUUUAAAACCCAAUAGUAUCUUUAUGAAUAAACGAAAUCACUUUA